AUGGGAGAAGAAAUUGCAAACUUAAUCGACCCCAAAGGAAAAUGGAGAAAAAAGAUCCAAAGAGACAAACACCUCGCCCUCCUCACGGCCCAGGAGACCGUCAGGGGCCCCUGGGGGCCCCUCUUGGGGCCCCCCAUCGCUCGCCUCAGGGCUUUCUGGCAAAGGCUUACCCGCACGGCCCCGGGGGGCCCCCAGGGGGGCCCCCAGGGGGGCCCCCAGGGGGGCCCCCAGGGGGGGCCCCCAGGGGGCCCCCUGGGGGGCGCCGCAGGGGGCUCUCCAGGGGGGGCCCUUGAGGAGGAGGGCCAGGAGCGGGGGGAAAAGGAAAAGGACCUGCGAGGCAAGCAAAGCAGCAAAAGCAGCAGCAGCAGCAGCAGCAGCAGCAGCAGCAGCAGCGAGAUGAGCAGCACCGAGGACAGCAGCAGCGACAAGGAUAGCUGCAGCAGCACCGAGGAUGCCAGCAGCAGCAGCAGCAAGAUGAGCAGCGCCGAGGCUCAGACAGAAGAGCAGGAGACAGGUGGAGCUGCUGCUCCGCAGCAGCAGCAGCAGCAGCAGGAGCAGCAGCAACGAAACGUCGAAGAGAUAAAUCGCAGCAGCAGCAGCAGCAGCAGCAGCAGCAGCAGCAGCAGCAGCAGCAAAUACGACGCAGAGGAGCUGGUAGAGCCUGUUGACCUCCCCUCCGUUCCCGCUGAAGACCAGGCGGCGCUGCAGCAGCUGCAGCAGCGCUUACUGCAGCAGCUGCAACAGCUGCAACACAGCAGCAGCAGCAGCAGCAGCAGCAGCAGCAGCAGCAGUAGACUCUACACCCUCGCUGACGAGCCCCUUUUCGCCGGUUUAGGGCCAGAGCUACAUCAGCAGCAGCAGCAGCAGCAGCAGCAGCAGCCAGUGCAGGAGCCGCUGCAGCAGCAGCAGCUGCUGCUGGCGCAGCAGCCAUAUGUUACUGAGGCGAAGCCACACCAAACUGAUGUGGAGUUGUAG